UCCGCCAAUAAUAAAUCGAUUUUGACAAUGGACCAAUGAUAUUUGACACGUAUCCUGCCAAAAAAAUGGUUGAAAUAUUAUACUACACCUCGUAGAUAAAAGGGCUUUCCUCAUUUAUAGAGAGAGAGAGAGCCUAGAUGAUUUUAAAUUGAAUAUAUAUGGGCACGUAAUGUCACCAACAAUUGGAACCCAAUUCCACACCAGUGUUAACUCUGAAGAAUCCAACUUUACAACCUCCAAGAAAAGUUUAGUUCUUUGCUUUAAUAUUUAUAUAUACACACACAUACAUUAUACAUAUAUUAUUUUCUUUGCUUCUUCUUUCUUCUUCUUCUUCUUCUUCUUGGAAACUGCAUAUUUGAUAAUGAGCUCAAUUGUGGUGGGCAUGAUUUGAUGUUGGUUAGUGAAAGUCGUGUAUUUUUUUUGCUGAGAUUCUAGCAUGGAUGUUCAGUAUCAUGAGGAGUACGUAAAGAACUCCAGAGGUGUGCAGCUGUUCACUUGCAAAUGGCUGCCUUUGUCUUCUCCAAAAGCUCUGGUUUUUCUCUGCCAUGGUUAUGGCAUGGAGUGCAGUAAUUUCAUGAAAGGCGUAGGGGAGAAGCUCGCGAGCCAUGGAUAUGCCGUUUUUGGGAUAGACUACGAAGGCCAUGGCCGUUCAAUGGGCGCUCGUUGCUACAUCAAGAGGUUUGACAACAUUGUACAUGAUUGUAGCAACCAUUUCAAGUCAAUAUGUGCACAGGAAGAGUAUAGGGAGCAUAGAAGAUUCUUAUACGGGGAGUCGAUGGGCGGGGCAGUGGCCUUGCUGACUCACAAGAAGGAUCCUAGUUUCUGGCACGGCGCUGUUCUUGUUGCUCCUAUGUGUAAGAUCUCCGAGAAGGUGAAGCCACAUCCUGUAGUCAUCAGUAUGCUAACCAAAGUUGAAGAUGUGAUACCUAAGUGGAAGAUAGUCCCAACCAAAGAUGUGAUCAAUGCAGCCUUCAAGGACCCUAGAAAGCGCGAGGAGAUUCGUUGCAACGAGCUGAUAUAUCAGCAGAAGCCUAGGCUGAAAACCGCGUUGGAGAUGCUCCGAACUAGCAUGAAUCUUGAAGACAGUUUGAAUGAGGUGACGCUGCCGUUUUUCGUGCUGCACGGUGAGGCGGACACGGUGACCGACCCGGAGGUGAGCCGGGCGCUGUACCAACGGGCCAGCAGCGCGGACAAGACCAUGAAGCUUUACCCGGGGAUGUGGCACGGCCUCACGGCAGGCGAGCCAGACGAUAACAUUGAGGUGGUGUUUUCGGACAUCAUAUCUUGGCUCGAUAGGCACGUGGACGUGGCCCUCGAUCGGCCUAACGGCCUCAACGCGAAGGUGGUGGUGGCAGUGGCGGCGCCUCUUGCAGCAGAGAAGCCGGCUAGAGCGCGGUCGCGGACGAGGUUGAGGUACCUGUGCGGCUUGAAGGGCCGGAGCUUGUGCCAUCAUUCAUCAACCUAGUUUCUCAUUUAGAGGAGAAUGUGUGUUUUGGUUCCGACACAACUCAUGUGUUCUCUUCUUUCACUUAUGAAUCUAUAAUACGAGGCUCGCACUAACUUAUUUUA